AUGCGUCCUAAAGGUGGCAAGCCGACCAGCGACGAGCUUCUUGCUCAAUUUGACAAUCUCGGGGUCGAGGACUCCGACAAGCAAGCGUCUCAGCCGGCUGCUGCACCUCCCGCUGCGCAGUCCGAACAGGACAUCCUGGCUGAAUUGGACAAUCUAGCUUCGCAGCGUCCAAGCAGUAUUCCUGGAACCCCGCGGGCCUCUACUAACGAGCCUAGACCCACCAUCAAGUCGCCCAAGCCAGCUGCGGCGGCGGCGACGACCCCCUCCACCGGCCGAUCCAGCGAAGAGAAGCCUACUCCACGCAAAUCAGAGGAGAGCGCUCCCUCGGCUCGUGCAACCGCUCAGGCUGAUAAUGUGCAGAAAUCAGAAUCAGAGAAUCCUGCGACAGAGGAGGCUUCUGCGGGUGGUGGAUGGUGGGGAUGGGGGGGAGGUAUCUUCGCAACGGCCAGUGCUGCCAUGAAGCAAGCCGAGGCCGCCGUGAAAGAGAUCCAGCACAACGAAGAAGCCCAGAAGUGGGCUCAACAGGUUAAAGGCAAUGUCGGUGCGCUGAAAGAUUUUGGUGGUGAGCUCCGGAACAUGGCGAUCCCUACCUUUACCAACCUCAUCCACACCCUCGCGCCCCCGAUCUCGUCCCAUGAACGUCUCCAAAUCCAUGUGACCCACGACUUCUCCGGCUACCCCAGCCUCGACCCUCUGGUUUACGCCGUCUUCUCUCGCGUGAUGUCCCAAGUCGAAGGUGGUGACCUCCUCGUGAUCCAGCGAGGCCAGGAAUCGGCACCCAGACGCGGAAUUGAUAUCACCGGUGCUACGGCGGGCUGGCGCGAUGGCCCGUGGUGGCGCACAGUUACCCCGGGUAACCCUCGCAAUCUCUCCGCGAUUCGUGGCUCCGUUGAAGCUACCAAGCUGGCGCGGGCCAGUGCCGAGUCCUAUGCCGCCGAGUUCUUCUCGGCCAAGGGAGGCGUCGAGGAAGCCGCGAAGCAAGCCAGCCAGGUCCUGAGCGAGACAAACCCCGUGCGCAAUAGCGACAUCUUCCUGGCCAUUCAGGCCAUCAGCCAGACCUCGUCGACGGAACUGUUCCAGGCGGGCCCGACCACGGACAAGGCCACUCCCUCUGGUGUGGUGGACGUUCCCGACGCAACCGAAGAAGAGAUCACCUUCGCCCUGUACCUGCACGACCCCAUCCACGGCAUCGCCUUCCACACGGUGUCGCAGGCCGUGCCGCAGAAAUGGAUCGAGUGGCUCGACUCCUCGGCCCCGGCCGUCGGGGAAACCAACCCUGAAGAGGAGAUCCCCCGCGCAGUCGUCCCGGAGGAGAUUGCUGAGAUCGUCGAGAGCGGCGGCGUGGACCCUCGCGAAUGGGCGGCCGAAUGGAUCGAGGAAACGCUCUCCCUGGCCACGGGAGUUGUCGCGCAGCGCUACGUGGCGCGUAGAAUGGGCGUUGGCGAGGCGGGAGUCGCCAAGGGCAAGAUGCGUGCUGAGCAGGCGUCGGUCGUGGAGAGCGGAGCGGGAGAGGUUGCGCGGGCACUCUAG